AUGAGCCUCACCGAUGACCUGAGUUCCCUUAGCUGGACGGUCUCCAUUGUCUUCUUUGCCAUAUGCGCCAUAUCAUUCGCUGUGCGUCUGUAUGCGCGCGGCUUUGUAGCCAAGGCUUUCACAUGGGAUGAUCGGUUCAUGGCAAUUGCUUUUAUAGCGCUCAUCGGUCAGCAAUAUAUUUGCUGGGAAUGGCUGAUCCUAGGAGGUGGAAAGCAUACCGAUUUGGUCAGCUCCGAAAACCUGACGAAGAUCAGACGGUACGAGCUCAUUGAGCAGUUCUACUACCUCUUCGUCCACGUCUUCCUGAAACUCUCCUUCCUUCUCUAUUUUUACCGCACGCUGUACUCGCCACGGUUCUCGACCGCCAUUCGCAUCACAUCUGCCGUCGUUAUUGUUCAGACAAUCGCUUCAUGGGUUUUCUAUGCGCUCCAAUGCCGACCUCUUGGCGCUUUUAUCAACCCGGACGACUAUCCAGACGCCACUUGCUAUCCAUACGGGAUUGCGUACUACGCUCCUGCUGCCGUUAACGUCGCCAUCAUCGUCCUUGUCUAUGUUCUUCCAAUCCCUACCCUCACCCAGCGGCCCCUUCCACAGAGGCAAGCCAUCACAACCCCUCCGCCACAAUCCAGCACCCCAACCCCCGACGACGCCAGCGACCCCGAACGGACCUCGCAGCAAGAGCAGAAGCCCACAUCCUCGCGCGGCGGCGGCGGCAUCAUCGCGCUCUUCAUCCUCGUGGGCGCCGGCAUCAUCGUAUCCGGUCUACGCGUUGUCGUCCUGUACCAACAGUCCACCACCGAUACCACUACAACCACGACCACAACCACCAACUCCUCCUCCUACCUCGCCUCGACCGACAGGACCUACAACCUCGGCCUCCUCGCCAUCGCCACCACCGUCGAAUUCAGCAUCUACGUCUUCGCCGGCAACCUGCCGGCCAUCCGCGCCCUCCUCCGCCGCGUCCACGAACGCUCGCCCUCGCCCUCGCUAUCCUCGCAUGAAAUGCACGAUCGCCGCAGAACACGGAGGAGAAGAGGAGAUCGGGGCGCGGAGACGGACGAAGACGAGCUGUGGGGCGUUGGGGAAGGUGGAGAAGGAAAGAUCACGAUCACGUCGAGAGUCAGCAUUUCCAUCACCGAAGCGCUGAGGGGCAAGGACGGCCCGGCGGGCUAUCCGAAGAAGUACUUCAAGUUUUCGAGGCCGGGUGCGCAGAGCCCCACGCCGAACUUUUUGAAGGAUGUGUGA